AUGGCUCGCAUUGGUAUCCGACGGCUAAGUAAGUCAUAUAUUUUAAAAUAAUUAUGAAGAAUCUUUCAGAAUGCGGAAAAUGUGUGGGAUUCUGUCAGAAAAAUCUUCUUCUCACCUUAACCAUAAAUGCAGUCAUCAUUGGUUUGGCUUUGGGCUUUCUUUUACGGGGUCUUAGUCCAACCGAAGAAGCCAUUCAGCUCAUUAACUUCCCUGGCGAAAUCUUUCUUCAGAUUUUAAAGUUGAUGAUCCUUCCUUUGAUCUUCUCUUCACUCAUUUCUGCCCUCGCUCAAUUGGAUGCAAAAUCAGCGGGGCAGAUGGGGAUGAUGACCGUUGGGUAUUAUCUUCUGACUGUUGUUCUUUCGACCAUUGUAAGUGUAUCUACUGGUUGUUUAUUUCUAUAGACGGGUAUAAUUCUAGUCUUAGCUAUCCAUCCAGGUCAUCCUGAAGCCAAUCCUGGAUCCAACACUUACAUCGCGAGUGAACAUCAAGCCGUCUCUCCAUUGGAUACCUUCCUUGAUGUUGUCCGAAACAUGUUUCCAGAGAAUGUAAUCCAGGCAACUUUUCAACGAGUCCAAACAAGUUAUUAUGAGCAAAAGCCAAAGACCCAGAGGGCAAAUAUAACGAAUGCAAUCAUUAAAAAGAAAAUCGAAUAUGCUGAAGGGAUGAACAUCCUGGGUGAGUUUAACAACAUUAGUUAACACCCUUUAGGCAUUAUCAUGUUUUGUUCUGGAUUUGGUAUCAUAAUUUCUCAAUUCGGAGAAAAGGCGAGAAUAAUCAUCGACUUUUUCAUUAUCCUCGAAGCCGUGAUAAUGAAGCUAGUAGAUGUUUUCAUGUGGUUCGCUCCUCUUGGUAUCAUUUGUUUGAUCGCAGGAAACAUUUUGGAACUCGAAGAUCUGUCGGAUACUGCUCAACUGUUGUUAAUGUAUGUGAUCACGGUCCUAGGAGGCCUUACAAUUCACACGAUCUUAACGAUGCCUCUUCUUUAUUUCCUACUGACCAGGAAGAAUCCUCUUACUGUAUGUAAUGGCAUGAUCCAAGCUCUGGUCACAGCUUUUGGUACUGCUUCGGGGUAAGUAAACAGUAAGAUGACAGUUGCAAUUCACAGGGGAGCUGCAUUACCGGUCUCAAUGCAAUGCAUGGAAGAUAAUCUGAAGGUGGACAGAAGGAUUACACGUUUUGUGUUGCCCUUAGGGUCUACAAUAAACAUGGUAAGAGUUUAACUCACAUUUUAAAAUUGCUUGCAGGAUGGCAAUGCCUUAUAUGAAGCCGUUGCGGUUAUCUUCAUUGCUCAACUUAAUGGAGUCGAACUUACGAUCGCUGAGGUUAUUACAGUGAGGUAGGCCAAUGUGUUCACAGCAUUAAGUGUUUGUAGUUUGAUAUCUACAAUUGCCUCGCUGGGACUAAACUCAGUCCCUGCCGGACUGGUUAGUAUUUUGGUGAUCUUGAAAACGGUGGAUCUCCCAACAAAAGACGUUUCCCUACUUAUUACAGUAGAUUGGCUAAUGUAAGUAAGAAUAGGAGAAAGAGAUAUUUUCAGUGAUCGAGUUAGGACCUCCAUCAAUGUUUUGGGUGAUGCCUUUACAGCAUCAAUUGUGUCGCAUUACCUUCAGAAAGAAUUGGACAAAGCCGAUGAAUUCAAUGAAUUCCAUCAGCAAUUAACCCAAGAAGCUUGUAAGGAAAAAAAAGAAAUAAGUACAUUUAUACUUCAGUGUUGUUAAAAUCUGCGGCAAACAGCAGAAAAGGUUCUUUCUCCAAAUUCAUCGAGACUCCUAUGUUAUCCACCAGAAACAGUCGGAGACCUUCAAUUGAUGUUAUGAGCUGGAGAGAACAAGAUCUACUCAACAAACUCAGUUCUCAAGUCGCGUUACCUCUUGUCAAACACCUGUAA